CUUCACCUCGUCACUGCAAAGCUACCACCCCCCAUUGUCGCCACACCAACACCGAGCACAACACACAAACACCCGCAAAUAUGUCUGACAACGAGAACAACGAGGGCGGCGAGGGCGAGAUGGUCACCAAGCCCUUCAAGUUCGUGACAGGUGAGCUUCGACGCGCGCUUCCCCAACCAGAACCAGACCAAGCACUGCUGGCAGAACUACGUAGACUACCACAAGUGCAUCAUCGCUAAGGGCGAGGACUUUGCUCCCUGCCGCCAGUUCAUGUUGGCAUACCGGUCCCUUUGCCCCAGCGGCUGGACUACACGAUGGGACGAGCAGCGCGAGGCCGGAAUCUUCCCCCACAGACUCGACCAGUAGAUAGCGAUUGCGAGAGAGGGAUGGAAUGGACGGGUUUGGAGGGGAUAUUAGAGUCUGGCAUUGGUGGCGCAGAGAACGUGUAUCAUAUCUAUCGACAAUGGCAAUACAGCUCUGAUUCACGG